GCCCCGCCCCUCCGUCCCACGGGCUACGGCCAGCGCGCCCCCGGCCCAACUGCGGCGCGUGACGCGGGGCGCGCGGCUCCGGCGGCCACCGUGGGCGGGCGCAGACUGCCGGGACGACCGGGAGCGGGCGGCAUGGCGGCGGCGGGGACCGCGGCGGGUCCGGCGGGGCCUGAGCCCAUGCCUAGCUACGCGCAGCUGGUGCAGCGCGGCUGGGGCAGUGCGCUGGCGGCUGCGCGGGGCUGCGCGGACUGCGGCUGGGGGCUGGCGCGCCGCGGCCUGGCCGAGCACGCGCACCUGGCGCCUCCCGAGCUGCUGCUGCUGGCGCUCUGCGCACUCGGCUGGACCGCGCUGCGCUCGGCGGCCACUUCGCGCCUCUUUCGGCCCCUAGCCAAGCGGUGCCGCCUCCAGCCUAGAGAUGCCGCCAAGAUGCCUGAGAGCGCCUGGAAGUUUCUCUUCUACCUGGGCGCCUGGAGCUACAGCACCUACCUGCUCUUCGGCACUGACUACCCCUUCUUUCACGACCCACCCUCCGUCUUCUAUGACUGGAAGACGGGCAUGGCGGUACCACGGGACAUCGCAGUUGCCUACCUACUACAGGGAAGCUUCUACGGCCAUUCCAUCUACGCCACGCUGUACCUGGAUGCCUGGCGCAAGGACUCAGUGGUCAUGCUCAUCCACCAUGUGGUCACCUUGGUCCUCAUCAUCUCGUCCUAUGCCUUCCGGUACCACAAGGUGGGCAUCCUUGUGCUCUUCCUGCAUGACAUCAGUGACGUACAGCUGGAGUUCACCAAGCUCAAUGUCUACUUCAAGUCCCGCGGGGGAUCCCACCACCGGCUUCACGCCCUGGCUGCAGACCUGGGCUGUCUCAGCUUCAGCCUCAGCUGGUUCUGGUUCCGCCUCUACUGGUUCCCGCUCAAGGUCCUGUAUGCCACGAGCUACUGCAGCCUGCGGUCGGUGCCUGACAUCCCCUUCUACUUCUUCUUCAACGCACUCCUGCUGUUGCUCACGCUCAUGAACCUCUAUUGGUUCCUGUACAUCGUGGCUUUUGCUGCCAAGGUGCUGACGGGCCAGGUGCGCGAGCUGAAGGACGUGCGGGAAUAUGACACAGCAGAGGCCCUGAGCCCGAAGCCCAGCAAAGCUGAGGCUGCCGUAACAAAGUACCACAAACUAGGGGGCUUAAAACAACAGAGGUUUAUUCUCUCACAGUUCUAGAGACCAGAAGUCUGAAAUGAAGGUGUCAGCAGAGCCACUCUUGCUCUGAAGGUCUUCCUUGCCUCUUCCAGUUUCUGGGGGUUCCAGAUGUUUUUUGGCUUGUGGCUGCAUCACUCCAAUCUCCAUUUCCUGUCUUCAAAUGGUCUCUCUGGCUCUUAUAAGGGCAUUUGUCAUUGGAUUUAGACCACUAUGAUCUCAUCCCAAAUUCCUUCACUUAAUUACAUCUACAAAGACUCUUUUUCCAAAUAGAGUCACAGUCACAGUUCUAGAGAUUAGGAUGUGGACAUAUCCUUUUAGGGACCACCAUUCAACCUAUUAUAGACGUUAAGUCUCCAACGAUUAGAUACAGCUGAAAAGAGAAUCAGUGAAUUGAAAGCUGCGGAGAAAUUACCUAGGAUGCAGCCUAAACAAAUGGAAAAUAUGACAGCUAGAAUAGUAAGAAUUAUGUGGCUGAGUCCUAAUAGGAGAUAGAUAGACAGGGAGAGACAACAUGAGAAGACAUAAUGCUGAGAAUUUUUCCAGAAAGUGACAAGACAUAAAUCAUAAGCAGGAUGAAUACAAAGGCAUCCGGGCCCCAGACACAUCAUAGUGAAAUGUGAAACAGCUACAGAAAAGAAGAGAUGACCUACGAAACAGUGACAGACUAACAGCAACGAGGGAAGCUGGAAGACUGGAGUCAGAUAUCACCUCAAAUGCUGAAAGGAAGUAACAAGAAACUGUGACUCUUAUACACAAGUUUAAAAACAGUUACACAAGAGAAAGGAAACCUGUUGGCUUGCAUGAGAUCCUGGGUUUGGUCCCCAGCAUCCCCACCAAAAAAAAAAAAAAAAAAGGAUAUCCGC